AUGCCAAAGAACGCCCAUCCACCCCGCGGCAAGCCUGCCAAGAAGACUGUUCCUCCCGAGGAAGACACAUCGUUCAUCGUCUUCGGCGACGGCAAAGCCAAGAAGAAGAAAGGCGAGAGUUCUGGCGGAGACGCUGCCCAGAAUGAAGGCAAAGGCAAAGGAAAAUCUGCAGCUGGAACUGCUGAAGACGGGCCCAAGAAGCCAGAUACACGGACUUUGAUCGCAGGUGCAUCGUGGACAGGAAAGCUCCCUGUCAAUCUGCUGUCAGAACAUUUUCAAAAACAGCAGUGGAGCAAGCCUGACUACCGUAUCCGCAAAAAUGGCGAUCAACAUUUUGCGUACGCUGUGGUACUGUCCAAGAUGAACCAGAAGACACGAGAGACGACCACACUACCGCCCAUCAAGAUCCCCUCCGAACUCGAGGAACAGGCUCACCAGCCAACAGCCGUCGAAGCUCGCAAUUUUGCCGCAGCCUAUACCCUCUUCCGAGUCGCCAGCGCGAAGAACCUCCACAUGAUGCUUCCUCCUACGUACAAGGACCUUUGGAAAGGCCAGUUCAUGGACCUCAAGAAGAGGGACGAGCAGGAGGGUAAGGGGUGGAUGUAUGAGGCAGACCCCUUCUUCGGCUUCGCAGAGAGGGAGAAGGCGAGAGAGGCAGCAGCCAAGGCGCGCGAGAAGAGACAGAAGCAACAGGAAGAGUCGCAGAAAGCCCAUAACCAACAGCCUGGAGCGGCCAUGCCAAACUCCAAGGGCCCAGCUCCUAGCAGGAACCUGCUGAAGGGAUGGGAAAGGGUACCCAAAAUCGAGCUGGGGAAGAGGACGCGAAAGGAAGCCGAGCGACUAAUCCGUCGGGACGCACUCUGGAACCCAAAUGGUAUCGAGAUGGACGCAUCUAUAAAGAACCGGCUAGUCGAGGAGAUCGUGGAUCUCGGCUUUCGCAGAAGCCAUGUUGAGGAGGCUGCCGAUAUCUGUAAAGAUCGCGAAGAAAUCAUCGAAUGGCUUCUUAUACACGUACCCGAAGAUGAUCUUCCAUCGUGGUCGCUGCCAGAAGGCUAUGUCGCUGGUGUCAGUAUGGCCAGCUCAAACCUCAAGCGUGAAGGUGCUGUGAAGCGCCUUGCUGCCGCCGGGUAUUCUGCAGAUCUCUGCGAGGAGGCUUAUGAUAGCCAGGGCAGUGAUGAAAGGAAAGCCGCAGCUUUGCUACAAGCUCGUCUACUGCGACCGGACGAAGAAGAAAGUAACAUCGCUCAAGACUUAGCCGAUCUUUCAAUGACCGAUAGUGACUCUGAUAUGUCUCCUGAAGACGAUCCUUGGGAGGUGGAGAUGUCGUCACUUGAAGCCAUAUAUGACCGUCUAUUCUCACGUCCUGCUCCCGAAUCGUGUCGUAUCGAGCUGGAUGUUAAACAACAAGGAAAGAGGCUCAUACUGCAGGUCAGGAAGCCUUUCGGUCCCUACCCUGCCGUCGUGCCUAUCAUCACGUUCGAGGCGGCCAUUCCAGCGUACAUUCGCCUGAGUAUCAUCCGGAAAGCGCUCCUCCACGCCGAGGCCAACUUCAUUGGCAUGCCCAUGAUAUACGAUAUUGUGGACUGGAUUCAAUCGAAUGCUGGAGAGAUUUUCCAGAACCCAGGAAGAUUGACCGACGUAUCGUCUGGCCUUGCAGCAGCAGAUCACUCGUCGGAGCAGCAAAGUCACAAACGAAGAGCGAAGGGCAGACCCAGAAAGCCUAUCGACUGGACACCCGCAACACCUCCUAGCCAAAGACUUUUGUCUGAUUGGCAGGCGAAGCAGGGCUCUCCAGCUCAACAAAAGAUGAUGAAUGCUCGAAAGUCACUUCCAGCUUGGAGAUUGAGAGAUGAUAUUAUACGCACGGUCAACGACUGCAAGGUCACGAUCAUCUCAGGUGAAACUGGAUCGGGAAAAUCGACUCAAUCCGUGCAGUUCGUCCUCGAUGACUUAAUACAGAGACAGCUUGGUGCCGUUGCAAACAUCAUUUGUACACAGCCACGUAGGAUAUCUGCGCUUGGUCUUGCCGAUCGUGUUGCCGAUGAGCGAUGCUCUCAGGUCGGUGACGAGAUUGGUUACACUAUCCGUGGAGAGUCCAAACAAAAGCCUGGAGUCACUAAGAUCACGUUCGUCACAACCGGUGUUCUUCUCAGGCGCCUCCAAACAUCAGGCGGUAAUGCUGACGACGUUGUUGCUGCACUAGCCGAUGUUAGCCAUGUUGUUGUUGAUGAAGUGCAUGAGCGCAGUCUGGACACUGAUUUCUUACUCGUUCUACUACGUCAGAUCUUACGAAAGCGAAAAGAUCUCAAGGUCAUCUUGAUGAGUGCCACUCUCGACGCUGCUGUCUUCGAAGCGUACUUCAAGGAGGUUGGACCCGUAGGCCGUGUUGAGAUCGAGGGCCGCACUCAUCCUGUGACUGAUUAUUAUGUCGACGAUAUUGUGCAUUUCACUGGGUUCAAGGGCUACGGGAUGGGCGAUGAAGAAGCCUCUGAAGACAAGUCAUUUUCUGCAAACCUCCGAAGUAUCGGAUUUGGCAUCAACUACGACCUCAUUGCGGAGACUGUUCGUCACAUUGAUCGUCAGCUCGGUGAUAAGGAUGGGGGCAUCCUCAUCUUCCUUCCUGGUACUAUGGAGAUCGAUCGCACGCUCCAAGCGCUCAGUCAGUUUGCAAACCUCCAUGCAUUGCCUCUGCAUGCAUCACUCAUGCCUGUCGAGCAAAAGCGUGUCUUCCCUCCCGCUCCUCAUGGCAAGCGUAAGGUUAUCGCAUGUACCAACGUCGCAGAAACAUCAAUCACGAUUGAAGAUAUCGUUGCUGUUAUCGAUACGGGGAGGGUCAAAGAGACGAGCUACGAUCCGCAGAACAACAUGGUUCGCCUAGCCGAAACCUGGGCUUCGAGAGCGGCAUGCAAGCAGCGACGAGGCCGAGCAGGCCGUGUCCGAGCAGGUGACUGCUACAAGCUGUAUACACGCAAUGCCGAAGCCAAGAUGAUGGAGCGGCCGGACCCUGAGAUUCGACGUGUGCCAUUGGAGCAGAUGUGUCUGUCUAUCAAGGCGAUGGGCGUGCAGGAUGUCUCAGGCUUCCUUGCUUCCGCGCUCACACCACCAGAAAGCACAGCAGUGGAGGGUGCGAUCCGUUUACUCUCGCAGAUGGGUGCAAUUACUGACGACGAACUUACUGCUCUUGGUCGACACAUGUCCAUGAUCCCGGCGGAUCUCCGUUUGGGCAAGCUUCUCGUAUAUGGCGCAACAUUCGGCUGUCUUGAAGCCGUGUUGACGAUCGCGGCUGUCUUGACCGCUCGCAGUCCGUUUAUAUCACCACGAGAGCGAGAUCAGGAAACCCGGAACGAGUUCGACCGCCUUCGCGCUUCUUUCUCAAACAACCAAGGAGACUUGCUUGUUGAUCUAAGAGCAUACGAACAGUGGUCUGCAUUGCGCAGCAAAGGCAUGUCAACACGAGACCUCCGCUUCUGGUGUCAAGAUAACCGUCUGUCACCCCAAACCAUGUUCGACAUAGCAUCCAACCGUACCCAAUACCUUUCGUCUCUUAAGGAGAUCUCCUUCAUCCCCACACACUACUCUUCUGCCAACUCUUCCACACACUUGUCCUACAACAAACACAACGCCAAUGACGCGCUUCUGCGCGCCUUGAUCGCAGGAUCCUUUAACCCGCAGAUCGCACGCAUUCAGCUACCCGAAAAGAAGUUUGCCGCUGGUAUCGCUGGUGCCGUGGAACUUGAUCCCUCAGCCCGCGAGAUCAAAUACUUCAACCAAGAAAAUGGACGUGUCUUCGUCCAUCCUUCGUCCACCCUCUUUGCCAGUCAGACGUUCCCACAUAAUGCGAGUUUCGUUGCGUACUUCAACAAGAUGGCUACAAGUAAAGUCUUCAUCAGAGAUAUCACGCCGUUCAAUGCAUACAGUUUGUUGCUGUUCGCAGGAGAGAUCAAGGUUGACACUUUGGGCAGAGGUUUGGUCAUUGACGAGUGGAUUAGGUUAAGGGGGUGGGCGAGGAUUGGUGUGUUGGUUAGUAGAUUGAGGGGUAUGUUAGAUGGCGUGCUUGAGAGUAUGGUGAAGGAACCAGGGAAGGGAGUGAGUGGUAGACAAGGCGAGAUUAUUGAUGUUGUACGAUGGAUGGUUGAGAGGGAUGGGUUGGAUGCUUAG